AUGGCCUCUUCAUCCUCUUCGACUCAAAAUAUUGGGCCUGAUCAUAUCAUCCGUCCCCGUCCUGUCAAACCCAGCAAUCCUAUGGUCCUACGAGCCCAGUCCGAGGAAGGGAACCUAAAACCCAAUGGACACGUUGAUACAAUUCUGUCAGGAUCCUCGAGUGGCCGUUCCACUCCUCUACCUGAGGAUGCUCCUCCAUCAGCCCAGUCUAUUUCCUCAGCUCGGAAGCAGGUCAGAGCACAGCAAAAGCACAGGAUCUUUCCUACAGUCGAAUACGCUGCCAGGGUAUCGCACUUUGAUCCAAGAAGCGAAUAUCGAGACUUCAGAGGCUUUUUCGUUUUGUUCUGGAUCGGACUCGCUAUCAUGGUCAUCACGACUAUGUUGAGGAAUAUAAAAGACACAGGAUACCCUCUGAGGCAUCAUAUGUUUGAUCUUUUGACCACGAAAACAUGGGAGCUUGCUCUCAGUGAUGGAGCAAUGGUCUUAAGUACGGGCGUAAGCGUGCCAUUCCAGAUGCUAUGCCGUAGAAGCAAAGGAUGGUUAAGGUGGGAGAAUCUGGGAAUGCCAAUUCAGAGUGUCUUUCAACUUGGUUGGUUGGUGCUUUGGGUCAAUUGGCCCUUUAUAUUCAACUGGACCUGGACCGCCCAAGUCUUCUUCACCUUACACACGCUUGUUCUACUAAUGAAGAUGCACUCAUACUCUUUCUAUAACGGUCACCUAAGUACCACUGAGCACCGGCUUUCCGCUCUCGACAAUCCCGAGAGCGCUUCGACUGCCGCCGCUGUACGAUAUCCAAGUCCAAGCACGCAACUCGACGAGGUGGAUAAAGCAGUAGAGGACAAAAAGAACGAGGACGAGAAAGAAACUCUAACACAGCUACGCGAGGAUCUUGCCCUCGAACUGAUUUCACCCCUGGGCCAAGUGACCUACCCCAACAACCUGUCGAUGAUCAAUUAUGUCGACUACAUACUCUGUCCAACCCUCUGUUACGAGCUCGAGUAUCCCAGAACGUUAAGAAUAAACUGGAUGGAGCUCUUCUAUAAGACUCUUGCAGUCUUCGGCUGCAUAUUCCUUCUGACACUCAUAAGCGAGGAAUUCAUUGUUCCUGUACUACGUGACUCGGCGGUACGACUGGAAGGAAUCGAUAGCUGGUCUGACAUGGGUCUCAUUCUUGGCGAGACUAUCAGCCAGCUUCUGUUCCCAUUCAUGAUGACAUUCUUGAUUUGUUUCCUUGUCAUCUUCGAGUAUGUUCUGGGAGCGUUCGCAGAGAUUACUUGCUUCGCAGAUCGGCACUUCUAUUCCGACUGGUGGAACUCUAGCGAUUGGCUUGAAUUUUCUCGCGAGUGGAAUAUCCCAGUCCAUCACUUCCUCCGUCGCCAUGUCUACGGGGCCUCUAGACCAUAUGUGUCACGGAACACAGCAACGCUGAUCACCUUCCUCGUGAGUGCUUUCGGCCAUGAACUAGUCAUGGGUUGCAUCACGAAAAAGCUACGAGGAUAUGGAUUCGCAGCGCAGAUGUCACAAUUGCCCAUAGUGGCAGUGCAACGGAUAAGGAUCGUCCGAAGUCGAAAGCUGCUCAAUGCUCCCCCUCCACCCCCAGCCACAGUCUUCGAAAACAUCACCGCUCUCCUUGCGAGUGCGGACACUACAACAUUCGCAACAGCAGUACUCCCACUCCUCGCCCUCCUUUUCUUUAUGAGCCGCAGCUUCUGGGGUGGAGGGCGCUACUCCCCCUUCGCCCACGCCGGUGGCCCUCCCCCUCGUGUCGAGCCAGAAGAUUACCAAUACAUCGUCGGUGAUGAAGCAGAAGCCCGAGCGUAUGCUGGGCAGCGAAAUAACAGCUACGGCUUCCCACCAACUCACCGCCACCCCAGCAGAGCCGAGCCUCCGGAUGUUCUGAUCUUGAAGCACAAAGGCGCUACAUAUCGCCUCCAUUUCCAAGCAUUUGAUAUCUCAGAAGGUGUCCUCAAAGUUGGCGAUCUCCGCCGCACCGCUGCAAAUGAGCUCAGUGUAGAUGAUCCGAGGCGGGUGAAACUGCUCUAUAAAGGCAAAUCUCUACGUGAAGACCGCCGUGCUUGCAAAGACGAAGGCUUGAAGCAGAACAGUGAACUCCUCUGCGUCGUCUCCUCAGACCCGUACCCCAGAGACGAUGGCAACGAAUCCAGCUCCAGCGCGAGCUCAGAGAUGAUAACAAGUGGACUCGACCCCGGCCCCCGCGUUGACGUCGACGGCACGAUAAUAGACCGCGGCGAGCCCAGGAAACGCAAAGGGCACCGUGCAGGCCGUAAAAAGAAGACCCGGGAUUCGCCCAUCACCUCGCCCCGCGACUCAGGCCAUCUCGGCCCACCCAACGGCGUCCCCUCAUCCACUACCCGUAAUCCAUCCCCUGGUCCUCGCGGUGUCCCAGCUCCAGCGCCACCCCAGCCAACUCAUCCACCGAGAAAACCCUCUACCCCUGCCGAAGCCCUUGCUAUGAUCGCAGAUACUUUCCACGCCACUUUGCUACCGCAAGUGCAUGGUUUCAUGCAGCAUCCGCCAAAGGAUGAGAAGAGUCGGGAUUUCGAGUAUAAGAAGCUGAGCGAGUCGAUACUGACACAGACACUAAUGAAGUUGGAUGGGGUGGAGACGGAGGGGAAUGAGGGGCUUAGGGCGAAGAGGAAGGAAUUAGUCACAGAGGCGCAGGGGUGGUUGAAUGAUAUGGAUCGGAUGAUGGGAAAGAGGUGA